GCCCUUUGCACACGCCCAGAGAGGUUUUCCUUUGCGGGAGAGGGACCUUUUCAUAGAAGGAAAAACUUUCUGACGGUCAGAAGAUGGUGGAGGAUUUUAAGCAUAGGCUGGCUGGGCAUCUGCCAGGGAUUCUUUGGUGGCGAAUUCUGCCUUGCAGGGGGUUGGACUAGAUGACCCUCGGGUCCCUUGCAAGUCGAAUAUUCUAGGACGGGUCUUCCUGCUUCCGGCGCAGCCCUUUCCCUUGCCAGCUGCUCCUCCAACAGCUGAGUGUGCGCAAUGCGCUGCUUUCCUCCUGGGCUCUUGCUUUGGAGAGAGAAAGCGCAGAGGAGAAGAGAGGGGUGAACUCGAUGCGCUCGGCUUGCCAAGGGUUAAAAGGAACGGGGCUGGAUUCCUAGAGAGCAGAGGAAAUGAAAGAGGGGAGAGGUCCUUCAGAGCAAAAGCCCCUCCCCCAGUGCCUUCCUGCAAGGGAAAGGGGGGCAUAUUUUGACAGUCCCUUCUGCCUUGGUGGCGUCUCCUGGGACCUGACAGAACUUGGCAGAAGACCAAAGAAUUCCUUCUGAUCUCUUGGAGGCUUCCUGAGAACACAGAUGGAUGAGCAAGACUCAGCUGGCCCUGAAGCAGGAAGAGGCCAUGUCAUCCAAACUGGGAGCAGUGGGGGAUUAUGGGAACGCUCCGUGCAGAAGAUCCUGGGUGAGGAGGACACCCUCCAGUCAGAUUUGCAGAACCAGCAGUUCAGACAGUUCUGCUACCAGGAGGCCAAAGGACCCCGAGAAGUUUGCAGCCAUCUCUAUCACCUUUGCCAUCAGUGGCUGAAGCCAGAAAGGCACACAAAAGCUGAGAUGCUGGACCUGGUGAUCUUGGAGCAGUUCCUGGCUGUCCUUCCACCGGAGAUGGAGAUCUGGGUGAGGGAAUGUGGAGCGGAGACCAGUUCCCAGGCAGUGGCCCUGGCCGAAGGAUUCCUCCUGAGUCAGACAGAGGAGAGGAAGGAGGCAGAGCAGCAGGGAAAAUAUCCAUUUGCAGAAAUGAUUGCCAAUCACUUUGAGGCAGAGAGGAUUCCAUUGAUGACUGAAGAGAGGCCACUGAGUGACAGAACGGUGCUGGAAAUACCUCCUCAUCCAUCUUUUAAUGGUGGUGGAAGGGAAGCAGCAGCUAUGGAACCAGAUCAGGGUCCGGUGUGCUUUGAAGAUGUAGCUGUUCAUUUCACAGACGAGGAGUGGGCGUUGCUGGAUCCUGACCAGAGAGCUCUGCAUAAGGAAGUCAUUAAGGAGAAUCGUGGGAUCGUGGCCUCUCUUAGUAGUGGUGAAAUGGAAAUUAAGAACAAGAGGGACCACGGUAAAAUCCACACAGGGCAGAGGCCAUACAAUCAUUUGGAGCAUGGAGGAAGCUUCAGUCAGUGCUUUAUUUCCAUUUCCCAUCAAAUAAAUCCCUUUGGGGAGAAACCCUAUCAGUGCUUGGAAUGUAGAAAGAACUUUAGUCGGAAGGAUAGUCUGACUUCCCAUCAAAGAAUUCAUAGAGGGGAGAAACCGUAUCUGUGCUUGGAAUGUGGAAAGAGCUUCACUCAGAGUGCCCAUCUCACUUCCCAUCAAAGAAUUCAUACAGGGGAGAAACCACAUCGGUGCUCAGAAUGUGGAAAGAGCUUUAGUGUGAAGUCUAAUCUCACAGCCCAUCAAAAAAUUCAUAUCAGGGACAAACCGUAUCAGUGCAUGGAAUGUGGAAAGAGCUUCACUCAGAGUGCCCAUCUCGCAUCCCAUCAAAGAAUUCAUACAGGGGAGAAACCAUAUCAGUGCUCAGAAUGUGGGAAGACCUUCAGUAAAAGGGCCCAUCUCACUUCCCAUCAAAUAAUUCAUAUAGAGGGAAAACCCUAUAAGUGUUUGGAAUGUGGAAGGAGCUUCAGUCAGAGGGCCCAUCUCACUUCCCAUCGAAGAAUUCAUACGGAAGGGAAACCACAUCAGUGCUUAGAAUGGGGACAAAACUUCACAGUGAUGUCCAAUCUCACAGCCCCUCAAAAAAUUCAUACAAGGGAACAAAUAUUUUAUUGCUUGGAAUGUGGAAAGGGCUUCCAUCAAAGUGCCCAUCUCACUUCCCAUCAAAGAAUCCAUAUAGGGGAGAAACCGUAUCUCUGUUCCAAAUGUGGAAAGCGCUUUAGUGACAGGACCAAUCUCACUUCGCAUCACAGAAUUCAUACGGGGGAGAAGCCAUAUCGGUGCUUGCAAUGCGGAAAGAGCUUCAGUCAGAGCAACAAUCUCGCUUCACAUCAAAGGAUCCAUACAGGGGAGAAACCAUAUCAGUGCUUGGAAUGUGGAAAAACCUUCAGUCACAGCCACCAUCUCCUUUCCCAUCAAAGGAUCCAUACAGGAGAGAAACCAUAUCAGUGCAUUGAAUGUGGAAGGCGCUUUAGUGACAGAGCCAAUCUCACUUCGCAUCAAAGAAUUCAUACAGGGGAGAAACUGUAUCAGUGCUUGGAAUGUGGAAACAGCUUCAGUCGUAAGAGAAGUCUCACUUCACAUGAAAGAAGUCAUAGUACGGAGGAACCAUUUUAAAUCCUUAGAAUGUGGAAAGAGCUUCAAUUCCAAGAUGAGUCUCACUUCCCACCAAAAAAUUAGUACAGGGGAGAAACAGUAUCACUAGUUGCAGUGUAGAGAAAGCUUCAGUCUGAGCCCCCAUCUCACUUCCAGUCUAAGAAUUCAUCCAUGGGAGAAGCCACAACAGUGCUGAGAAUGUGGAAAGAAGUUCAAUGAGAGUGUCAAUCUCACAGUCCAUCAAAGAAUUCAUACAGGGGAGAAAUAUAUGUUGGAAGAAAGAUGGUAUUAGAAAACCAUCAAACCUAAAGAAAUUCUCGUGCACAUGUGAGAAAAGUGAAUCUUCUGUUAGUGGUGGUA